GCUGGUCCCGCCUUUACCUCUUUGCUGAUAUCCAACUACCAUCUCAUCAACCAAGAUGCCCUCCCCCAAUCGCAGAGGCCGGACCCUGCACAAUUAUCCUCGCAGAACCGUCCAAACUGCCCUCCUCACCCUCCUCCUCGCCCACCCCGCCCUUGCCGACGUAACCUGGCUCAGCCCCUCGGCGGGCGACAUCUACGGCCCCGCAGACACGCUCGUCGCCAAAUGGACCGCAGACAAGGAUAUCACUUCCCCGUCCUUCCGCCUCUGUUUGGCCAAAGGCGGACAUGGUGACGAUAAUGGCGGCGACGGUGAUUCAGAGAACGACGGAAUUGAGUCGCGCUCCGACGAUGGACUCGAAUCGCGUGGCUCUGAUAUCGGCGGGUGCGGAUCGCAGACGUGGCCGGACGUAACGCGUAGUGGGGGCGCGUCGAUGAUGUCUAUGGCUGUCCCGAGCGUCACCGCGGACCACCCGUACUAUUUGAGCAUGGAGGACGACUAUGGGACGAGAUCGCGGUCGCCUACUUUCUCGCUGAGCAAAUCCGCUCCUGCCAGCCCCAAUCCACCUCCGGCCGCCCCCGCUGCCCUGAACAACGCCGAGGACCCCGCUCAGGCUCAAGCUCCUUUCGCCGCCACCAGCACGCCCUCGCUCGUCGCUGCCAGCAGCGCACCAGUCGCGUCGCUUGCUCCUCCCCCUCCCAGCUCUCCUGAGGUUCUCUCCUCCCGCACACCCGUCCCCACCGCCGCCUUCGCCGUGCCCAUCUCUAUCGUCGGCGCCAUCCUCCUCAUUGCCAUCUACCUCGGCUUCCGCCAACGCAGCGCCCUUCGCAAAGCGCGCCAGCGUGACGCGGAGAAACUCUCUCGUCAGACCAGUGCCAGCAGCUUUGGCUCCUCAACAACCCUUCCAGGCGACCUGGCCACGGCGCUUGCCGCGCUUAAGCAGGCGUCGCCCGCGAGCUCGUGCCAUGGGCACCCGCAGGUGGCCGUCCCGCAUAGCUAUGGGUGUGGGAUGCCUGUGCCGCUGUAUGCGGCGCCGGUCGAGGUGAUGCGCGAGCCGCGUCGUCCGACGCGGCAGGAGUAUCGGCCUCCGUCUUUGAACCGGGAGUACUCGAGAAGAGACGAAUACGCCGCAUCAUGGUUGGGCUCCCAGUCAUUGUCCAGAUCGUCGACGAGGGAUUCGUACCAUCCCUCGUCUAGGCAAGUCUAUGGCGGAUAUCGCUCCUCAUCGUCUCGCGAGCCUCACUAUCAACCCUCGCACGCACCUCGCUCGUCCCGCUCGUCCGAGCAUCGCGAGCAUCGUCCUUCCAGCAGGUCCUCGCGAGACUAUUACCCGUCCAUGGACCACAUGCUGCACCCUCAAUACACUCGCACCUCGCCAUCGCGCAGCUCGACCCGCGCCAGCGAGCUGCCUGCGGAACACCGCCGGCAUCACCCUCCCUCGCGCCGCUCGACAAUACGGAGUGACGCGAGCGGCGAGACAGCCGUCACGGAAUCGGUGCUGGCGGACUAUGCGGACUUUGAGGAAGUCGACCGCGAUGAGUAUCGACGCGAACGUCGUCAGCGGGAGGACCGCCACCACCGUUCUCGCACGCCGUCUUGUCUGCUUCCUGCGCCUCAGAGACUUCACAUACGCACUGAAGGCCCUGAUCUCGCGACGUCUCCAGGCAUCGAGAGGUACUUGUUCUUGGAGAAGGACUUGCCUGGUUGACCUAUCGAUUAGAAUAACCCUCCUUGUACAUCUUUAGGACUGUCGUCUGGUCGAUGCCAAGGGGUGAAUGCAGAGCUUCACAACAACUUUCUGAUGGAAAGGACUCGCACCGGCUAACAACUUGAACUUCGCCGAGAUCACCGACCGCCAUGAUCAAUUCGGAUU